ACACCAAACUACAGCUAGAGACUAUAGGAGACAAGUGAACUCGGGAGGAGGAAGUGGAGUUUUCAGACCGAAGGAAGGAAAGAAACAGAAGAGGGAGAACUAAAAAGAGCUCCAAACGAUACAAAAUCAGGGGCGCGUGGUGGAUUUAAGUGCUUUAAUUGACAGCGAAUUUAAUUUUAAAAAGAAGAAGAAGAACGACCUCACAGGAGAAAGGAAACAAAUAUGAUAACGCCGUAUUUCCUGGAAAAUUUCUGGAAAGCUUACCGGUAAAACAUGGGCAAGGGAAACGUGAGAACCGAUGCCCCGUUCACCAUGUUACUUUGGUCGGCAAAUGUCGUCUCGCGACACCAGGGAUUGGGCCUCGGUGAACUCGGACAAACAUGACCAACCAACUAGAAUCCACCUUUCUGCAAGCACAUUGGCUAACGUUGAAUGAUGUAUGACGUUAAUGGUUAAAUCAAGAAGCUCAUUGGAUCUCGUUGCUGUUAGUCACACUGGUUUUCUUUUUUUUCUGAUUUCUUCUGUAAUUAAAUUAAAGUGAAAGGCCAGGUAUUUCAUAGAAUAUUCAUAUGGAAUGAAUUCCUAACCGUGUGAUGGUUACCUUGAUUUUCCAGCUACAGUUUUGGAAAGUAAAACAUUUUAGUGUAGUCCAUGGAUCCUUAGCCAGACAUGUGUCUAACAUAAGGCUGAGAGUUAGAUUAAUGCCAGACGCCACGGUAGAUAUAAACAUAGAAAAUGAUAAUGGAGGUGCCUCGCGUCUUGACAUCGCAAGUGAAAAGGUUUGCAAAAAAAAAAAAAAACGUCGCAGCGAACUGCAACGGCAGCAUAUUCAAUGUGCUCCCUGGAGAAAUUUUUGGUGACAGAAAUAAUGGGUUCGAUGUCCUCUACCAUAACAUGAAACAUGGCCAGAUAUCCAGCAAGGAACUUGCAGACUUCAUUAGAGAAAGGGCUACAAUUGAGGAGACGUACUCCAGAGCAAUAACCAAACUGGCCAAGUCUGCUAGCAACUUCUCUCAGUUGGGGACAUUUGCUCCAGUAUGGGAUGUGUUUAAGGUGUCAACAGAAAAGCUGUCUGUCUGUCACAUGGACCUGGUGCGUAAAUUGCAAGACCUCAUCAAGGACGUGCAGAAAUAUGCAGAGGAACAGACCAAAGCCCAUAAGAAGACUAAGGAGGAAGUGGCACCCACGCUGGAGGCUGUGCAAAACAUCCAGAGUGUGUCUCAGGCAUUGCAAAAAAGUAAAGAAAACUACAACAGCAAGACUCUGGAGCAGGAGCGCAUGCGCAAAGAGGGUUCCACCCAGAGAGACCUUGAGAAGGCUGGGCUAAAGGUUAAGAAAGCCAGAGAAGUGUACAAGUCCUAUGUGGAGAAAUAUGCCAGCACAAAGACUGAAUUCGAGCAAAAAAUGGCAGAGACCGCACAGAAGUUUCAGGACAUUGAAGAAAGCCAUAUUGUGCAAAUGAAGGAGAUUAUCCAGUCAUAUACUCACUUGAUUGAGGAGACACACAAACAGAUUGGAGAGGUGCAGAAAGAGUUUGUGAAUAACAUGGAGAACACGUCUGUGGAAAGUCUAUUACAGAAAUUGGCCGAGAACAAAGGGACCGGCAGAGAAAGGCCAGGGCCCAUUGACUUUGAGGAAUGCAAUGUUUCUCUUACUACGGAAGGUGCUAAACCUAGAAAGAGGAAGACCUUUGCAAUUCCAGGGCGAAGAAGAGACAAGGAUACAGAUUCCACUGAAUCUACAGAAGUUGAAACUACUAACACUGCCAAUGGAGCUCCCGCAGAUAUCUAUGGACCCAUAGAUUUUCAAAAUGCUAAUGUACCUCAGGUGGAUGAAGAGGGUUUCUGUAUCAGACCGGAAUUCAAUGAAAAUGAUACCAAAGACAACAACUCUUCAUCCAGUGAUUCAGAUGAAGAAGAUGAACGUAGAAAAUUUCAUGUGGAAAUCAAACCUGUACAGCCCAACAGUGGCACACAGCAGCACAAAGCCACCAUAGAUGAGCUGAAGGCUUCUAUUGGAAACAUAACCCUUUCCCCCUCUGCUACGGUCCACAUGAGGAGAAACCAGUCCAGUGAUGAGUUGGGAAGGUCCAGAACACAGCAAACAUCAUAUACAGAUAGACUGACCAGCAAUGACCUGCUGUCUCUGGAUCCAUUUGGCCCCAAUCUCUCUGGCUCCGCUUCCUCUGUGUCCUCCUCUGCAGAUGAGCUUUUCAUUCCCAUCCCCCCAUCUCCACCCAGAGCCAUGAGCACUCCUCCAACCCUUCUCAAAAACCCAGGGGAUGCUGCUACUCGCAAUACUCCACUCAACGCUCCCAAAACCGGUAUCAAUCUACUUUCAUCCUGGACUCAGAACCAGUUGGUGGCUUUUGUGCCUAUUGAUGGGCUAACCUGGGCUAACCAGGAAAGACCUCAGUCAGUGCCUAUUUCCCAGUACGCCAAACACCCACCCAGCAAAACUGCAGAUCCCUUUAUUAGCAUGGGCCAGAAGAACGAAAGCGCCCUCUCUUGGAUGGCGGACCAUACCAUGUCACCCGCAGCUGGCCAUAUGCAGGAUGUUCCUCCCUCUAACAGACCCACAACCCCUCUGGGCACAGCAGCAAUAGUUCCUCCUCCUCGACCCUCGUCACGGCCCAAACUGCCUGCAGGCAAACUGACCGGCAUCAAUGAGAUUGCACGGCCAUUCAGCCCUUCUAUGGCAACCAACUCUAGUCCUCUGCCUACUGCACCUCUAGCACGGGCUGAAAGCUCAUCCUCUCUGAGCUCUAAUGCCUCACUGAGUGCGAGUAACACACCCACCAUCGAGGAUGAUGUGUUUGUGGCGAAACUGCCCACGUUUGAGAAGAGGUGUGAAACUCCAGCAGGGACAUCUCGUGGCCCCAGCCCGAUCACAUUAGCAUCCCAGGAUUCACUUCCCAUAGCUGUUGCUUUCACAGAGUCAGUUAAUGCCUACUUCAAAGGAGCUGAUCCCAGCAAGUGCAUAGUGAAGAUCACGGGGGACAUGACACUUUCCUUUCCCAGUGGCAUCAUUAAGAUCUUCACAUCCAGCCUCUCACCAGCUACACUCAGCUUCAGACUCAGAAACACUAGCAAACUGGAGCAGAUACUACCAAACCAGCAUCUUCUACACAGUGACUCCUCACAGAAUGACACUAACAGUAAAGAUUUCUGGAUGAAUAUGCCUGCGCUGACCGCAUAUCUCAGGAAGGCCUCAGAACAGAAUCCAACUUCCUCUUACUACAAUGUGGACAUCCUCAAGUACCAGGUGUGUUCUAAUGGGAUUCAGUCAACGCCGCUAAACCUGGCAGUGUACUGGAAGUGUGCACAGAGCACUACAGACCUGCGGGUGGAUUACCACUACAACCCUGAGGCCAUGCAACCGCCCGGACCACUCUGUAGCGUGCAGGUCCUUGUACCUGUCAGCGGUGGUGUCACCAACAUGCAUUCACUCCCCAGUGCCAUCUGGAAUCCAGACCAAAAUAAGUCAUUAUGGAAGCUGAAUGACAUCUCUGAGAAGUCUGAAAAUGAAGGUUCUGGCUCUCUGAGGGCAAAGUUUGAGCUCUCAGAUGGCCCCUCAAUCCCAGCCACUCUGGCCGUUCAGUUCUUUAACGAGGGCAGUACUCUCUCUGGAGUAGAAAUGGAACUGGUCGGAUCUGGAUAUCGACUCUCCCUCAGUAAGAAGAGAUUAGUCUCUGGGCGAUAUAUGGCAGACUGCUGAGAUGUCAAACCAGAGGCACAUUCUAUCAAACUAUUGAAAAAUUAAAGGAUUACUUUUCAUUAUCAUUUUAUUGCAUCUUCUCUCAUCACGGCAGAGGUUAUUGGAAGGUGAAACAAAAGGGCUGUCACCCCGAUGGCUCCUCUUAUGCCUUUAAAUAUUCUUAUCAUUUUGAACUAUCCUUCCAUCCAACCAAGUGUAUCUUUUUGGGAAUGAAAGAACUUUUUACUACACUUUUUAGUCAUGUAGCACUGAGAAUCAAACACUGUCUAAAAAAACUAAUAAAGAAAACCAAUAAGGAAUGUCAGAAUACUGAAGAAUGAGAAAAUGAAAAGUAAUAACCUGAUAUUUUUGAUUAAUUUUUGAUUUUUAUAUAGUGUUUGUUUUCAUGAUAAAUUUUAAUAUGAUAUGACAUACAGAAAAUAUGCAGUGUAAAACAAAAGGAAAAAGAAAAAAUAUCUGCACUAACAAUCUUCCAGGCCAUUUGGAUAGACAUUAACCUCUUAUUUGUAUAUUCAUCUUUAAGUCCUGAUCAUAAAUAAACAAACAAAAAAAUUUUUUUUUUAAAUAAUAAUAAUAAAUUAAUUAAUUAAUAAACCAACAAAAUUGUCAGUGAGGGGGAAAAAAAGCCUCAGGCAAUCUGAACGUAACGUUUUAUCCAUAAAGCUACACCUCCAGGACAGGCCUGAGUUCUUACUUGUAAAAUCAUUGUAGCAUUAUUAAUUGUUCUCUGGAUUCUGCCUAAUCUAGACUUCACAACUAUUGGUGUACUUUUGACAAACUAGCCCUUAGGUAUAAUCCAUACAGUGGCUAAAAUUUCAUAUAUCUCUCAAUUGUUACUAUUUCUCACAGUACAAGUGCAAUGAAGGUAUAAGCUAUUAAAUGAAUCAUUAUGUGACUUCUGUUUAGGUUUUAAUUUUAGUGUAAAGAAUUCUGGUCAGUUUUUUGAUAAUUUUCAACAAAAAGAAGAAAACCAAAAACUUGGAAAACUGACCUUAGUGCCUAUUUUCUAAUCAAACUUGUUGAUUUCUUUCUCUACAAGCUUAUCUUUGUUGCUCUAAGUGCCAGUUCUAUUUUAUACUUUUUUUGUACUGGGAUGCUGAAGGGAAAAUACUCAUAAAUGACAACUGUAAAUGAAUGCCUUUCUAAAAAAAUUAUUGGUUAUAUAUAUAUAUAUAUAUAUAUAUAUAUAUAUAUAUAUAUAUAUAUAUAUAUAUAUAUAUAUAAACAUAAUCAAAGUAAUAUGGUGUGGUGUGUUCUGAAUAUUUAUUACAGAACUGAUGAUCUGAUGCCCUUUAACCAGCUGAACAUGUUCUUGCUGAUCUUUAUCUUUGGAUAUUCCCUGUAGUUGGGUAAUCCUACUUGCAAUGAAUUACUAAAUGACUCGGACCUAGAUGACCCAAAUAUGACCUAUGGCCCAAUACACACAAAGGCACUGAGAAAUUAUAGUGGAAAUGAGAAUGGAUUCCCCUAUUCCAAAUUUUUGAUAUUAAUUUAUUAUUUUUUAAUAUUACAGUAAUAUUCUACUGUAACAUUAAAUUAUAUAUUAAUAUAGUACCAAAAUUUCAGCAAUUUCAUUAUUUUCUACCAAAACUUAGCAAUUUAAGAUUGCUUCAGACUUGGACUACCUACUUGUUUCCUAUAGACACAGGGCAUGCCUGUUGCAUGUCUAAGUAACUAACCAUUCAGAACUUCUAAACAGAUCCAAAGUGCUUUAAUGGGCUAAACACAGGGUUUGUUUUGUUUUUCUUUUUUUUUUUUUUUCUUUUUUUUAAAUAAUGGCUCUGUGCCUUAUAUCCUUCUCUUAAGGGUCAAUUGUCUUAAGGGCUACUUUAACCAGUGGGAAGAUGGAGAUAGAUAUACCCUAAAUAAUACAAAGGAAUGUUUGAUAUGUACUAAAAAAAUUAAAUGUGUAAAUGUGUAAUGUGUAAAGGUGUAACAUUCUAGGAAAGUUUUAGGUUUUUUAACGACAGUAUCUUUUUCCACAGGAUCAUUUUUAUGACGUAACUAGGCAGAGUUUUUAAAUUCCUAAUCUUUACUGUUUUAUUGGAAAUGUUUAAGAUGUAUGUAACUGUAUUAAAAAAAUAAUAAAAUGGCAUUGGGCGUUUAGUGUGGAGGCAGAUAUUAACCAGUGGACAUUAGGGUCAAAACUGAACUGUGUGACACUUUUUCUGUCCAGUAUAACUAAAUGUCUGAUUGUGUAUUUUAGCAAGCUGGUUCUUGCUGCCUCUACAACCAUCAGAUAAAUGUGUGAAGGCAUUUUGGAGCUUCUCAAAUAUUGUCUCUUGCUCCUUUUGGUCUCAUGUUCAUGGAUGUGUUAAAUGAUCUGUGAAAAUGAUUUUUUUCAAUUUUUACAAAUUUACCACUUUGUUUUCUCAUGAUUUCAAUGUCUGUAAUAAAUGUGUAAUAUAUAAAUCUAUACAAAUAUAAGAACUAUUACAUAACUCUG